GCUCUGACUGCCCAAGGCAGACGCGUGCGACCCCUUCAGCCAGCUAUGCGCCUGCUACCCAGCACCUUGGGUCUGGCAGGCCUGAUCUUCUGGGCAGGCCAGAUAGUGACCACCUUGAUGCCCAAUACCACCCUGGUGCUGGCUUGGUCCAACGGCACAGCUCUGCGUCCCCUUGGGGGUGCGUUGGGGGUGCCCCACCACCAGCGGAAGCGCCACAUCUCUGCCCGGGACAUGCAUGCCUUAUUGGAUUAUCACAACCACAUCAGGGCCACCGUGCACCCACCGGCUGCCAACAUGGAGUAUAUGAUCUGGGACGAGCGGCUGGCCAGGUCUGCCGAGGCCUGGGCCACCCAGUGCAUCUGGGCGCACGGGCCCUCACAGCUGAUGAGAUAUGUAGGCCAGAACCUCUCCAUCCACACUGGCCGGUACCGCUCGGUGGUGGAUCUCGUGAAAGCUUGGUCUGAGGAGAAGCGGCACUACUUGUUCCCAGCCCCAAAAGACUGUAACCCGCGCUGCCCCUGGCGCUGCAAUGGCCCCGUGUGCUCCCACUAUACCCAGAUGGUGUGGGCGUCCUCCAGCCGGCUGGGCUGUGCCAUCCACACCUGUGGCAGCAUCAGCGUCUGGGGCAGCACUUGGCACCAGGCAGUGUACCUUGUCUGCAACUACGCUAUUAAGGGCAACUGGAUUGGCGAGGCACCAUACAAGACGGGGAGGCCGUGUUCCUCCUGCCCCCCGAGUUACCAAGGCAGCUGCAGUAGCAACAUGUGCUUCUCUGGACUCAAAUCCAACCAGCUCCGAAGGUUCUGA